GAGCUAAACAAGUCAUAUUAUUAAUCUUCAAUCCACUUGCUCGACUGGGCUAAACCAAAUGAUAAAUAUUUAAAAGGACAAUAUGAGUCGAGCAUGGUUCUUCUACAGUUCUACCCCUUCAGCUCAAAACCAAAAAUCUUAACGGGUUUCGGACUCCAGCGCCAGCGGGUAGAAUGACGAACGGCGGGAAGAAGAGGACUUCACCUUCACAGCACCAACAACGAUGAUGAAUGGUUGGUUGGCGCGAUUGAUUGCUACCUAAUCUCUAUAGGCAGCUCAGUCGGCAGGCAGGGAUUUGAUUUCCGAUAGCAGCCUUUUCAUACAUGGAGUGUCUGUUGGCCUCCGUUCUCUCAAGUCCCGCUUCCAUGGCGCCAUUUUCUGCUCCCAAGCAGAAACGGCAUCGCUGCCGCGAGUUGAGAGCCAAACUCAGUUCCGAGAAUGACCCGUGGUUUGAAUCCGCCGUCAAUGCAGCUUCGCUUCGUUUUCAGGAGACUAGUAGAGCAGAGCCUUUACUGGUUGAUCCAUUUGCUGGUUGCUUUGUUGACCCUGACAUGCAUAUGGUUUUGAAGAAGCACCCACAUCCUUAUUGUGUUGCUGCCAAAUUCAUUGAUGAUAAGUUGCUCCAAAAUGUGCAUAGUAUCGAUGGACUUAAACAGGUUGUUCUAUUAACAGAUGGAAUGUGCACUCGACCUUACAGGCUAAACUGGCCUUCUUCCACUAUGAUAUUUGACAUAUCCCCGGAAAGGGUAUCUAACAUAUCAUCCCACAAGCUCCGAGGUGUUGGAGCUAAAACUUCAAGAAGGUGCUUGCAUGUUCAUGUACCGAUGGAGUCCCCUGAUUUCGAAAAGGCCCUGCGUGCUAGGGGCUUCAAAGCAAACACGCACAGUAUAUGGGCCUUGCAGGGAAUUCCAAUUACGACUCUGGCUAGCUUUGAACAAAUCUUGUUCACCAUCAGUUGUCUGGCCACGAAGGGUACUUUGUUCCUUGGUGAACUGCCAGCAUGGUUGGCAGAAACAGAUAUCGGUUCCCAGCCCAGUGCAGAGAAGUGGAUUAACAAGCUUUUCAUGGGUAAUGGCUUCAAAGUAGACACGAUUAGCUAUGAUGAAGUUGCUAAUAGUUUGGGCAAAGAAAUAGCUCCAGAAAGCCACAGCAACAUUCUGUUCGUUGCAGAACAGUUGAGGUUUUCUGAUGAUCAGAUGGAAACUUGGAGAAGAGAGUUUCAAAGGGUUGAGGAGGGAGCUGAUGAAGAAGGAUUUGAGGAGCUCUAAAGACUGAGUGCUGUCCCUUUUUUUUUUGUCAUUAGACUGAGUGCUUUCAUUUAUAUCAUACAGGUAACAAAGCAUUUUCAGUUUCCGGAUUGAUGGGAAUGAAUCCCGAUCAUUUCCAAAGGCCAUAGUUACCUAUUUCUUAUCAAAAUAUUGAUUGUCGAUGAUCAAGUUAGAUGCACAAUGUUUAUAAAAUAAAGUUAGAUGCACAAUUGGAUUUUACUAGUAACCAUUCAACCUAUAUUUGAAUUUAUCUUUCUCGGAUUCUUAUCUUACAUUAAUGUAUAUUGAUGGUAAAAAUUGUUGGAGUUAUUGAAGUGUGCCUGUAAAUAGAGCAUUGUUGUACUAAGAGCUAUAUAAAUAAGAAAACCCUCAUCCGACUUUUUUUUGCGUCUCUCCCUCCCACCAUUCAUCUCUUGUCGUUGUUUGUCUUGUUCGUUAAUUUCUUUAACACUCUGAAGCUUUGAAUGCAACUAUGCAAGUGUUUCUUUCUAUUAGACUCUUUUCAAUUAGAUCCAUUGUGUUGUUGAAAGAUCUCCAUCUACACAAUAUAUUAAGUUGAAAUGAGAAAAUUCUUUAACCAUUCUAAACUUCCUUCCAUGUGACCAAAUUUCAAUAACCCCUUUAAGAAAUUUUGUUUUGUAAGCCUUUCUUUAUUUUGGGCUCAAACCAUCACUGUCAUCCCACAGUUCCAUGUGAACAAAGAUUUGCCUUUUUUAUAGUUUGUUACUAUUUUUUAAAACAAACUUUUUUAUGUUACUUUUAUAAAUUUCGAGACAAAAUUUCCCUCGAAAAUUGUUCGCUUAAUUUAGUACAGUUACUUUGGAACAAAAUUUUAUGAUAGUUUUUUUGUGGACCUUACUUUAUGAUCAUCUUUUGUCAUUUUGUGUAGCAUAUGGCUUUCUAAAUGACAAUUUGUCAUCAGCCAUCAUCUCAUUACACUCGUAUGAAACUUCUCCCCAUUUCUAAUACAAACACAUUCAUCAUGAGUUUCUCAUAGCUCAUCGUCUCUGAGACGAUGAAAUUGAAAAGUAAGAAAUGUUUCACCACCUACGUUGGAAUUUAAUCGGUCGGAGGCUAGCAGAAGGUUUAUCAAGACGACGUCUAACAUUAGCUUGUAUUCAUAUUGAUUGUGAAAUAGUCGAAUGUAACCAAUGUCUUAUGAGGGUUUACUUCGACCCAAAUCGAGUAUACAAUACUCGCAUAUUCAGAAAGGCUAUAAGAUGCAAUAGAGGUUAUUCCACCGCAUCAUGGGCAACAUUGUGAGGUUUGCCCCCUCAUUUGUGCACAUGGUGAUGCCAGAUGCCCUUGGUCAAGUAUCACUAUCAUCAGAGCAUAAGCUCACUGAUGCGAUGUGCAUGCUAUCAUAUGAUACUUUCGCUGAUCGACUUGAUGAAUAUGUUCGUAUGAGUGAGCACCACGAUGGACAUUUUUCAACAACAUUAUCAACCUUAUAUGACUGCUAAAAUGUGACCAUUUUUUAUAACCGUUAAAAUGUGUCUGUUGCAAUGUGAUUGUUUUUCGUUACUAAAUCAUUUCUUCUUUUAAGCUACAAAACCCCACAAAAAAAAGCCCAUCAAUAUCAAUUCUUAAAUCCCGAAUAACACCCCUCUCAAACUCAUAACCGUACCGUACCGGCGGUUCAACCACGAAAUACCAGUAUCGGAGGCUAAACCGAUAUGCGACAUUUACCGGUAUAACAGUUGAACUACGGUUAAACCACAGUUUUACCAUAAAAUACCCUACCGCUGACUUUCCCGAUACGGUCUCCGGUACGGUUUCAUGGACCAUGGUUCAAAUACGGAAUAACAUGCGAAAAUCAAU